AUGUCCGGCCUGCAGAUCCUGGCCCUGCUGGGCGCUCUGGCGGGGUUGGGCGCCACCAUCGGCGCCACCGUGUCCAACGAGUGGAAGACCACGAGCCGGGCCUCGUCCGUCAUCACCGCCACAUGGGUGUUUCAGGGACUGUGGAUGAACUGCGCCAGCGCCAAAAUGAGCAACAUGGCCACAGAGAUCCUGGCCUUUGUCCUGAGCAUAUCCGGCUGGGUGCUCAUCUCCUCCACCCUGCCCACGGACUACUGGAAGGUGUCCUCCAUCGACGGCACGGUCAUCACCACAGCCACUUUCUGGUCCAACCUGUGGAAGACCUGUGUCACAGACUCCACCGGGGUGUCCAACUGCAAGGACUUCCCCUCCAUGCUGGCGCUGGACGGGUACAUCCAGGUGUGCAGGGGCCUCAUGAUCUCGGCCGUGUGCCUGGGCUUCUUCGGGGCGGUCUUCGCCCUGGUCGGCAUGAAGUGCACCAAGAUCGGCGGCUCGGACAAGACCAAGGCCAAAAUCGUCUGCCUGGGAGGAUUCAACUUCAUCUUGAGCGGUCUCUGCUCUCUGACAGCGUGCUCGCUGUAUGCGCACCGAAUAACCUCUGAGUUUUUCGACCCCAUGUUCAUCGCUCAGAAAUUUGAGCUGGGAGCGGCGUUGUUCAUUGGCUGGGCAGGGUCUGUCCUCUGCAUUUUAGGAGGGGUGGUUUUCUGCUUCUCCAUGACUGAGGGCUUCACCUCCAGUCGGCCGGAAUACAUGUACACCGCUCCCUCUUUCGUGUCCAAUCGCCCCAGAACAAAUGGCAAGGCCAAGGAGAGCGCCCCCAAGGGCUCGGUGGACUACAGCAGCUCCUCCCGGCAGUUUGGGAAGAACGCCUACGUGUAGCCAAUCACAGCACAGGAGGCGGCACAAACGGGAGUGGUCUCUCAGUGCAAUGGACACAGACACUGGCUGCCCCUUUUCUAUGGACAUGAGUUGGACUGGGACUUCAAGGGCAGAGGAAAAAAAACUCUUUGUAUGUCUCCAGUAAUGGAGACUUGAACAGGGAAACAGGGGAAAGGACUAAUGGCGUUCUGGGAAAAGUGCAGUGCGCAUGCUGUUCAUACGCACAGCAGCAGAUUUAGCAAGCUUGCAACUGCUUUUCCAAUAUAAACGCGGGUUGCAAUGUCUAUGUUGCAAUGUCUAUGUCGGAUUUUCGAAUCGGUCACAACGGGUGAAAAUCACAAUUCGGAUGUGAUUUUCUGGGAUUAUAUCACUCUGCAACUUUCCUUUUGCUGCAGUAUAUUGUUAAAUCUGUUCAUGCAUCAUGUAUACAUGAGAACAUGCUAAAACAAGGUAGAGACUUUGUAAAUUAGGCCAGUGAAAUAUUCCACAUAAUUUACAUUAUGCCUCCCCACCUCUGUAAAUUGCUCUUGGUAAGAGCUGCAGAGUCAUUGUAGCCUAACACAAUGCCUUAAAUUGCGAUUGUCCUCCUUGCCCGAGAGUAGGCAGUGACGUGUUGAGAGCUGAUACCUAGCUCAUAAUGUAUAAACUCUUUCCCAAUCAUGGCAGCACUUAUCUGAGCCAGAAGACACAGAUGACCAAAGAAAAAAAGAAUAAGACAGGAGAGGGUCUUUCUUCAAAGACUUGCAGUCUUGCAGUUACAAUAGCUGAGCGGCAAACAGAGAAGUGCAGAAGAAACAUUGCACAGCCGCAUAAGCACACUACUGGAGGAUAUAAGAGAAGGAAAUUGAGCCCUGCACCCAAUGAUCAAAUUCUCUGCCUUGAGUCUGAUCAUUUUACAGUAGCCUACAGUUGCAGGAUUUAUUCGGCGCUGUCCACAGUGCUGGAAGCUUCCCCCAGCAAUGUAUUUAUUUCUAUGAAUUACUUAUUUAUUUUCAGAUGUAGGCUAAUAUGUAAAGGAUAUUUGUUUGUAAAAGGUUAUUUUGUCCACUCUGCAAUCAACUAGCAGUUAGUAUCCUAUAAAAACAGAAUGUAAACAAUUGGGCCUUUACCCUUAGUCUGGAAGGGUUAUACAGUAGAACUAAUUGUGAAUAUACUGUAGUUUUUCCUUCACCUAACAUCAUGCCACAUUUUUACCGAUGUCUCCUAUAGAGAAUGAGGGCAUUUCAUUUCUAUGAUCAUUUUCUUUGCAAAAUGAUGCAUCUACAAUAAUGUUAAUGCAAGUUAUUUUCAUUUUUAGGUGGCACAUUUUCCCCAGGUCCUAAAUAUUUAAGGUCAGUUUUAUUCCUAAGCACCUGUACAAAGAGUGUAACAGACUUAAACGGAUUUAAACUCCUGGAGGCAGGGUCAGGCAGUUCUCGGGGGUGCUAUCCAUCUGGGGGCUGCCAAAUUAAGGAUCCUUAUUCUCACAGGGUGACAGAAAGGCUAUGGCCGUGCCUGCCUGGAGGAACCACGGCAGUACCACACAGCUCACCUGAAGCAAUCACUCUUUUUUGCUUUCAUUCUUUUAUAAUGAACUUAAAACUUGAUUAAUUGUUUUUUCAAUUGUUUUUUAUUUAUACUUUGUGUUGUUGCAAAAGGGUUUUUCAAUAACGUAAUAUACAGUAUACAGAUUACCAUGACCGUUAUUCUAUUCAUAUAAUGGUUACAAUAUAGAACAGGUGGAAUCUUUAACUAUUUAAUUUAGAAACUAUAAUUUAACUAGUCACACAAGUCA